CUGUUUUCUCUGGAUCUCAGAGCGUCCAGGCAUUGCACUCUGACUUCCUAGGUCUCGCCCUCGCCCCAGUCCCGCUCGGCGGUCCCCCGCCCUCCGCCCCAGGCGUCCGUGGCCCCUUUAAGGCGUGCUCCGCCCCCGCCCCGCCCUUCCCCGGGUCAGUGCCGUAGCGCCCGGCUCCUGCCGGCGCUCGGCCUCGGCUCAUUCCUGACCCCGCAGUGGGCGCGAUGGCGGGGGCUGUAUUGAGGGUCGCCCGGCGGCAGCUGAGCCAGCGCGGCGGGUCUGGAGCCCCCAUCCUCCUGCGGCAGGUGAGGGUGGCUGGACCUAGGAGGGGACUACUGGGCGCUAGGCGGCAGCAAGGACGGAACUCUGGGGUCUCUUAAUAGGGAGAGAUCCGGGGGACCCACGCCUGCAUCUUGCGGAAAGCGGGGUGGAGGUUUAGGGCUGGACUCUUGGGUCCUUUAAAGAUGUUCGAGCCCGUGAGCUGCACCUACACGUACCUGCUGGGUGACAGAGAGUCCCGGGAGGCCGUUCUGAUCGACCCGGUCCUGGAAACAGCGCCUCGGGAUGCCCAGCUGAUCAAGGAGCUGGGGCUGCGGCUGCUGUAUGCUGUGAAUACCCACUGCCACGCGGACCACAUUACAGGCUCGGGGCUGCUCCGUUCCCUCCUCCCUGGCUGCCAGUCUGUCAUCUCCCGCCUUAGUGGGGCCCAGGCUGACUUGCACAUUGAGGAUGGAGACUCCAUCCGCUUCGGGCGCUUCGCCUUGGAGACCAGGGCCAGCCCUGGCCACACCCCAGGCUGUGUCACCUUCGUCCUGAAUGACCACAGCAUGGCCUUCACUGGAGAUGCUCUGUUGAUCCGUGGGUGUGGGCGGACAGACUUCCAGCAAGGCUGUGCCAAGACCUUGUACCACUCGGUCCAUGAAAAGAUCUUCACACUUCCAGGCGACUGUCUGAUCUACCCUGCUCACGAUUACCAUGGGUUCACAGUGUCCACCGUGGAGGAGGAGAGGACUCUGAACCCUCGGCUCACCCUCAGCUGUGAGGAGUUUGUCAAAAUCAUGGGCAACCUGAACUUGCCUAAACCUCAGCAGAUAGACUUUGCUGUUCCAGCCAACAUGCGCUGUGGGGUGCAGACACCCCCUGCCUGAUCUCACUUCUGUCAGAUGCUCCCAUCGGUAUUAAUGCACUAGGAGGGAGGAGAGGGCGGCGUCGACACUGCACCUCUCCUUUCCCACCCCACUCCCGAACCCCAGCCCCUGGAGCUUCCUAAAUAAAACUUUUUUUUAACAUGA